UAUCAAGUUUGCUGGCGCAAUUGCUUUGCUUAUUGGUGGUGCAGCACAACUUUGACUCGUUACUUCUGUGUAAAUACUUGUGACAUGUCACACAUCUCUAAGUGUGAAUGUCAGAACUAAACCUGGAAAAAAUUUGUUUUGUUAAAAGAAAUGGCUAUUUUUGCAUAUAAAAGCAAUUGAUUUCGAUAGUGUAGCCAUAUAAUAUUUGGAAAGUGACAUUUGUGUAGACUAAGUGCCGACGGUCAAGUGUAUGCGUUUGUAUAAAUUCCAAAACCAGUAAGAAAAUUCCAACACAGACCUUGAGUGGGCUCACACAUACACACACACAGAGAAUAACUAAUACACAGACGCUGAUAAACGGGUUGAAACGUCACUUAGCGAGAGUUCCUGAAGUGUUUCGCAGCUGCUGUUAGCCAAAUUAGCACAACAACAACAAGAAAAAGAACAGGAAAUUAAAACAAAGGACUCACGACGUCGAAAUGGUGAAUGUGCCGCCGCCGCUAUUAUGCAGCACGCCACCCCCGAUUGAUUUUGGCGAGGAUGACGACGAUUCGGGGCUGCCAUCGACGCUACACUUAGAAGACGCUGACGGCGACGCUGACGAAUACUCUGAGUAUGGCUUAGUCACCGAAGCCACGCUCCAUGCAAAAGUGCCCUCGCUGCCAGAGCUGUCCAUAUCAAUAGAAGCAGCGAAAGAUUUAAGCAAUGGUCAUGCAACGGCAACUGCCAAGCCAACAGUGGAGGCUUUCAAUUAUCAGGUGAAGGCUCCCGAGUUGGAAGCAACAACAAUUGAAGCAGAUAUGCCGCCACCUUUGGAAACCCUUGAAGUGGUAGCUGAAGAAGAGCAGGCAGAGGAUCAAGAAGAUCAGGAAGACACAGAGGCAGACGAGGAAGAAGCCAAUACCAAUGAUAACAUACCCUCACUCAAACUUGACAGCCUAAGUCUGUAUUCCAGCGAAAGUGGCACCUUAUCACCUGUAGCCGAUGAGCAACACGAGCAGUCGGAACAGCAGCAGGAAACAACCAAAGCACCUGUAUUGUGCCACCAGGUGACGCUGGAGGAUGUCACAGAUGACAGUGACGAGGAGUGUUCGCCAAAGAAACCCAAAGAACUAUUCAUACCUGAGGGUGCUGAUAACUUUUUUGCCAUAGAGAUUGUAGCCACACCCACUGUAAAAGACCCGCCUACAUUGAGCAGUCGUUUGCCCCAUGUUGAGCACCACAACUUUGCUGCAUUCCAAGAGACGCCGCCCGAAGAUCUACCUCAAAUGGAGAUAAAAGUAAAUGGCAUAGUUGAAGAUGAAGAUGAUGACGACGACUUUGGUGAUUUUGCGGACUUUGCAGCAGCUCCAGCGCCAGUUGUGGAAGCGCCAGCUGCAGUGUCAGCUGCACCAGCGCCAGUUGUGGAAGCGCCAGCUACAAUGUCGGCUGCACCAGCGCCACUAGCCGCUGUUGCAGCUCCAGUUACAGUUGUUCCAGUUGAAACAGAGCCUGAUGAUGAUGAUGAUGGCUUUGAUGAUUUCCAAGAUUUUGCAACACCUCCCGUGGAAGCAGCCAUUGUGGCGGAUGAUGGUGACGAUGAUGAUGACUUUGGCGAUUUCUCAGAACCCUCAUUUGUAUCAGCUGAACCUCCACCGCCGCCAGCUGCUGCGCUGCUCAGUAUCACAGAGCGUGUGAAGCCAGUGCUGGAUGUUAUGUUCCCCAACGUGGAAGCGAGCAGCGGCGAAAAGCAGGCAGCAGUAAAACAGACGCCGCUGGCGGAUGUGCAGAGCUUGCAGUUUGGAGCCAUUGAGCAGGCACAUGCUCUGGACUAUCAGUGGGUGAAUUCUGAGAUGCGACACUCCCUGGUGCGUUCCUUGGGCAUUGACUCGCGUAAUAUUUUGUUUGGCGACAAGUGGAACUCAUCGAUGCCACGUUUUGCCGCCAAUCUGAGCUACAAUCCACUGAAGCCACUCAAACCAACGCCAGCAACUGUGUUGGAGCCUCAACUCAUUUCCAGCUGGCAACCCGCCAACAAUAACAACAGCAACAGCGUCUCCAGCCAGCUGCCUUUAGGGGGUAAGUGGAAAAAUCUCAAUUCGUCCGCCAUUUGUUGUUUUGCGAAUUAUUUAUUUUUGUUGGAAUGUUGGAAAUGUUGUUCUGUAAGGGUAUCCGUGUUGAUUCACUUGUUUCUUGUGCCCACCAUCUUUGAACUGAAAAUUUAUCCUUAUGAUAAAUUGUAUUUAGAAUCACAUGUACAGACAUUACAAUUGGAACAACAACAAGUACAACAAGAACAAGAACCACAACAACAACUAGACCAAGUAACGAUGGUGGCUAAUGCUGAUAAAAUAAAUCUUGUUACCUCUAACUACUCCCACUACUCCAAUAUCAAUAACAAUCACGAUGCCUGGGAUGCGAUGGAACUUGAACUCCUCUCUGAUAAUCUAAAUGACAAUAUGACAAUCAACAAUAACAACAACUUUAAUAACAACAACGACAUCCACAACAACAAUGCCAAUGAAAUGCACAAUUUUGUCACACAUUUUGCCACCAUCUGCAAUAACAACAAUCAUGCAAUAACAACAACAACAACUACAACUAAUACAACAACAACAACAAUAAACAACACAAAUAUCACUGCUCACGUCGCCUUGCUGGAUCUUAGACUGGAAGCAGCAGCAACAACUUCAGCCACAGCAGCAGCAGCAGCAACACCACAAACGAGCCAAGUUAAAGCGCAGCCUGGCAUUGCUAAUGGGCAAGGGAAGAGCGAAGCAAUCGACAACAACAGCAGCAGCAGCAACAACAGCAUCGAUGAAGCAAUCACAAGUGGCAACGAUGCCGCCCAUUUCGAUGACACCGCAGCAACAGCAUCAGUAUUUGCUGUUGCAGCAGCAACAGCGACGCUAUCGCCUGCUCUAUCAGCAGACGGCAAUGGCCACCACUUCGACGACAGUGAGCAGCUCGCUCAGCCGCAGCAGCAGCUUGAUCUGAGAAGCUCCCCAACGCCAUCGCCGCCACCAACAACAACCACCACAGUCAAUAGCAACCAGCAGCAAUUGCAUGAAGUCAGCAGCAGCAAUACUUAUGCGCUGCCCCUCAAGGAGACGCAUAUUUACACGCCCUCAAAGUCGGACACGGCGGUGGCCAAGACAACAACGCUGGCGCCCAUCGAUUUUGACUACGAGAUCGCAUCGGCUGGCAUUAUCAUAGACGAAACAGUCGUCAAGAAGGAGUAUCGCGAUGUGGAAUACAAACCGCCGCCAUUUGGCCUAGAUUCGCCCAGCAAAUUGGGCAGCAAACUAGCUGCCGAGGACGACGACUUUAGUGAUUUCCAGUCGGUAACCGCGACUGUUUCGGCCAUUAAGAAUACGACCUUUUGGGAGCAGAUGAUACUUAGUCCGGCCAUUCUGUUGCCGCAAACAAUUCCAUUGGCCAAGCCAAGCAUUGAGUGGGGCGACAAUGCGUUGGCCAGCAUUAAUGCCGAGGAAUUGGCGCGCAUCGAGGAGCUAUUCUCGCAUCAGUCCAAGCCGCCCACGAUAAGUGCAACGGUGGCGCAGCAGUCGCCAAAGCAACAGGCGCCGCCGCCACAACAGCAACAGCAGCAGGAGGAUGAUGAGUGGUCGGACUUUGUGUCUGUGCCUGUGCAGCAACAACAACAACAGCAGCAGCAGCAAAACAACCACAACAACAAUGUUGUCAAGAUGCAGAAGCAACAACAAUCAGUUGCAGCCAAAGAGGACGACUGGUCGGACUUUGUGAGCAGCACACCGUUGGCCAACAACACGUUCAAUUCACGUGCUGCGCCCCAAUUCAAUUCGGGCGCCUGGCAGAGUGCCAACUUUUACAAUAAUCCCAUGAGCCUCUAUCAGCAACAGCAGGGGGGACACAGCAAUCUGGUUCCGAAAUAUCAAAGCAGCAACAACGGCAGCAGCAACAAUAACAACAACAACAACAAUGUGCCAGCCAUACCACAGCAGAUUCAUAUGAUGCAUGACUUUUCCACGGCGCCAACAGCGACACCAUUAACAGCGCAAACUGCAACUUAUCAGCAGCAGCAUCAUCAACACCAUCAGCAGCAAUUGCAACAGCAGCAGCAACAACAACAACAGCAGCAGCGUCAGCAGUUUCAUCUAGGCAAUGCCAAGGUGGCGCCACGCAUCUCUCUGAUACCCGAUCUGAGUUUUGUGGCACCGGCAUUGCCCACGAAUGCUGGAGCAUUCAUGAGUUCGCUGCCAAAGCCCAGUUUUAGUGCCAAGAAAUGACAAAAGCUGCGGAGGCCACAGCAGAAAAAGUCGUCAACGUUGUUAGUGGUGGCGCCACAGCCACGCCCCCUAACAGCCGAGGCAAGCAUCUUGACGUAGGCAAGGCAUAGAAAAAGAAUUAACGCGUCCUCCAGUCAGUAUUAUGAAUCCGUCUUGAUAUUUAAUUCAUUUGCUAAAUAAGUUUUGAGAGAAGCUGCGCAUAAUGUUGCUCCUUGUUAUUGUUGAACUGUGUGUAUGUGUGAGAGAGAGAAUGUGUGUGAGUGUGCGUAGUUUGUAAUUGUUGCUAUAGCUUAUUGCUGUUGCUGUUGUUGUUGUCGUCAUCGUUGUUGCCGUUGCAGUUGUCGUUGUUGUUUAACUCUUAGGGCGUAGUUAUAGUCAAAACAAAAAAUAGUAAAGCAAUGAAUGAGAAUUCGAUGUCGGAAAAUUAAUUUCCUUAGUGCAAUAUUUUGUGAGAAACUUUUGAAAUUAGCAGGCCCCGAAUACUUAACUUACUCAGCAACCUAGUACUAAUAGUAAUAAUAGUUCUCUAAGAGCUGCUAUUGUAAUACUUUUAGUGUGUAGAAGUAUGAUUAUACCUCUUGAAUUUUGAAAAUUUUCAAUUCUUUUCGCUGUUUCAAAACCUUUAGGAUAUUAACAUUGUAUCGUCCCCAGUUUAGGCCGAAGUCGUUUAGUCAAUUUUAUUGGUUCCGUUUCCACUUUAAAUUAAGCAACAAAAAGAGUCCCAGCCAUUCCAUAAGUGAGAUACUCCAGAUGAAGCCCGCCGCCUAAGCGACAUUUUUUCUAAAGGAAUAUAAAUAUUUAAAUAUAUUUCGAUAUAAAUAUAUUUAUGUUUGUGAAUGUCUUGUAUGCCUGUCUGUGUAAGUUGAAUAGAAUUUGUUACGAUAUUAGAAUUGUACUAUAUAGCGCCGUGCAUUCCAAGAGAGUAGUCAUAUAUAGUCUGCCAUGAUCUCCGAAGUGAAACAAAGAACAAUCGUCGGCUUCGCACUUUUUGUGUUAAAUGUUUCAUUUAUUUAUUUUGCGUAAUGUUUUUGUUUUCUUUGUUUUUUUUUUAUUAUUUUUUAUCUGCUUGCGAGUGCAUGUGUGUGUGUGUGUG